CUCUUUAUGGUGACUACUUUUCACCAAUGACAAAACUAAAACCUGACUUCAAACUAUAGCUCUAUUUGUAUUGUUUGUAUAAAUGUUAAAUCUUGUAUUCAGAGCCACAAUCACACCAAUAGCUGUUAAAGAUUUCCACAUCAGCAGGUUGAGGAUGUUGGCAAAUGCAGGAAGUGGCAUUUCUGUUCCAUUAAUGUUCAGGGUGACAACCUCAAGUGUACCUUUUCACAGAGAACAGACUUGCACACAGGAUGGCUGGAAUAGUUCACGUUGUGAUGAGGCUGCUGCUGCUGUUAUCUUUGAUCACAUCAGGUGUAAAUGGAGAAGACGGUCUGAUAUUGGCUGAGCAGGGCUUUGAUAUCUCAGUUCCAUGUGAGGAAGAAUCAGUCUGCCUUUAUAUAUGGCAGCUCAGCACAAGCACCAGCGAUUACAUCGCUAUAGUCCGUAAUGGAGAGAUCCAGACAGCUACAUCAGAGUACGACAACUCAAAGUGCACUCUGGAAAUCAAAGAUCUCACAGCGGAGGAUGUUGGACGUCAUCGCUGCCAACAAAGGCCAGAUUUCUUCUCUCCUCUUAAUACUUCCCCUGAGUUAAACCUCAUGUCUGGCAAAACAUUGUCACUGCAGUGUAUCCUCCUCACCUACGUAGAGGCGGGACAUUGCUAUACAGAUGAUCUGCACCAGGUCAGACUGGCGUGGGUGGAUGAAGCCGGCACUGAGAUACAACAGGACUCACAACACCAGAUAAAACAGGAGUAUCUCUGUGAUAUAACUCUGACUGUCCCCCUCCAAAGUCCUGAUAACAGGAAGUUUAGGUGCCAGGCGACUGUGGGUGAACAAGUCCAGACUUCAGUGGAGUUCCCAGGUGGCAACCAGGACGUGAUUGGCGCCGCCGUGGGGGUGGUUGGAUGUGUGGCUUUGACCGCGCUGGUUGCAGUGUUUGUUGUGAACAGAAGAAGAACAAACAGUCAGCUGCCAGAUGAGUCUUCUUACACGACCAGCACCAACUAUGUUAUGAACGCAGACGAUGAUGUGAUCUACGCUGACAUUAUUCUUCCCGUUGAUCCUCCUGACAGAGUGUGGGUCCUUGAGUGCGAGUCCACUGAAUACGCCUGUGUCCGAUACAAAUAGUCUGCCGCUUUCCAACAUAUAAACUGCAGUGUAUUGUUUCUUUGUUUGUGUGCUCCAACUGUGCUACUGUCAUGUGUUUUAAUACUGUGAUUUGCUCCACACCAAAUCCCAUGUCCUGUAACUGAAGCUGGAAAUGAGGUACUUUAACUACUAACUGGUAUUUUACCCUCUGAUUCAGACAUUUUGCAUUUUAACUUUAGAAAAAAAAUGUUACAUGAAUUUUAAUAGUCUACCUCAAUAUGUUUGACUUCUCUUUUUAUAUGGCAAUUCAUUCAUCAGUGUAUUUUUCUUGUAUCUCUAUCACUGAAUCAGCAUUAAUUGUUAUUCAUGUUGUUUCUUUGCAAAACAUGUAUUCAGGUCUUUAAUAAAUC